CGCCAGAUUGCAACAUUUAGUCAACUAUCUUUGAACUUAAAUAUGAGGUUUUGUUGCAACAUUUAGCCAAUGCUGUAUUACUAACAUUUUAUACUUAGUUAGAUUUGAUGGUGAUUUUUUAUGAAACGGCCAAAGUUACUAAUUAAUUGUUAAUGUGUGUGUGACACUAGCACUGUUCGAUCAAUCGUGUGAUUUGAUUUUGAAUGAAGAAUGAGUGCAUCUGAGGGAUCAGCUGAAGCAGCAGCAGCAGCAGCAGCAGGAGCAGUACAUAUAAUUCAUGUUAGUGAUAGGCAGAAUAUUCCUUUGGAAUUAAACAAGGUUGAUUAUGCAAUAGAAAGAAAGAAAUCACUGCAUUCGCGUUAUUAUUUUGGCGUUAUAUUCUUGAUAAUGAAUCUUGUUGCAUGGUUUUUUCGCGACUAUGGACAAAGCAUUCGACCUUGGAUUCGUUAUAUCAAAGUUUGUGGGAAUGAAGGAGAAGAUUGCUUUCAUUCAUUAGGGGUUCUCCGAGUCAGUUUAGGAUGCUUUAUAUUUUUCUUAGUCAUGUUUCUCAGCACAGUAAAAACAAGGAAAUUAUGUGAAGCUAGAAAUUCAUGGCAUUCUAGAUGGUGGGAAUUGAAGGCUGUUUUAUUGCUUAUAUCAAUGACACUAUCAUUCUUCAUCCCUUCACAAUUUGUUCAAAUAUAUGGUGAGAUAGCUCGUAUUGGUGCAGGGAUUUUUCUUCUUUUACAACUUGUGAGUGUCAUCCAUUUUAUCAUAUGGUGGAAUAAGUAUUGGACUCCAGAUGAAGAAACAAAAAAGCGGUGUUCCAUUGGACUUUUUAUGUCAACACUGUUUUAUGUUGUUGCUAUAUGUGGAAUUGUGUAUAUGUACACUACAUAUGCUUCAAGAUCUUCAUGUUCUCUCAAUAUAUUUUUCAUCACAUGGACAGCAAUUCUUCUUGCUGUAAUGUUGGUCAUAUCCUUAAAUUCAAAGGUUAAUAGAGGUCUUUUAUCCUCAGGAAUUAUGGCUUCUUACAUUGUUUUCCUAUGUUGGUGUGCAAUCAGAAGUGAAACUGCCUCCAUAAGAUGUGAGACAAAGAACCAAGAAAAUGGAAAUGGUGGUUGGAUAACUAUAGUUGGCUUCCUUAUUGCAAUUUUUGCGAUUGUUUUGGCCGCCUUUUCCACAGGAAUUGAUUCAAAAUGCUUUCAGUUUUCGAAAACUAAAAUUGAAAAUGAAGAUGAUAUUCCUUACAACUAUGGAUUUUUUCACAUGGUAUUCUCCUUGGGGGCAAUGUACUUUGCAAUGUUAUUCAUCAGUUGGGAUCUAAAUAACUCAGCCAGAAAGUGGAGCAUUGAUGUUGGCUGGAUAAGUACAUGGGUGAAGGUUAUCAAUGAGUGGUUUGCUGCAACAAUUUACAUAUGGAUGUUGAUUUCUCCAGUUGUGAGACAGAACAAAGUUAUGGAUAAUGAUACAAAUGUGCAGGACACAAAUCACUCUCACUCAGUUGAUGCAUGAUUGACAAUGGAAGAGCCAUCAAUAUUUUACUCCUUUUAAUUUUUUGCUAUUCCUUAAAAUUAAUUUAUGUUUCAAAUACACUUAAUCUUCUGUGGUUAAAAGGAAAAACUCAUUAUUAAUGAAAUAAAAUGAUGAUUAUUUCUUGUUUUGGAUGAGAGAUAUAUUGACUGAAAUAUAUUUUCAAAACCAAGCACUGAUUUUCAAUUCUCUUUUUUUACUUGUACUUGAAUGUGGAACUAGGUUAGGCCAAUGAUAAUGCCCCAACUAAAUUGUCAAAAAUAUUUAGUCGAGAAACAUUGUCACUACUCCCACAAUUGCAACACUUCAAAUAGACACGGCGACACUUCUCGCAACCAAAGUUAUGUAAAUUAAAAUUAUUAUUCAUAGAGCAAUCGAAUGAAAAAGCUAGUCAAAUUUAUAACUUUAAUGCACAAACUAUAAUUUAUAAAUAUCAAAUAACCUGAAAGUAUAUGUGACAAAGCAUAUGUGACAGCAUUGAUCAGACUACUAGAAACUUUAUUUGGAAAGAUUCUAAUAACAAAGAAAUCCAUUUGGUGGGUUGGAACAAAAUUGCCCGUCCUAAGAAUCUCGGCGGUUUGGACAUUCGUCUGGCAAGGGAGGCUAAUACUUGUCUUCUUGGUAAACUUGUUUGGGAUAUGUUCCAAUCUUCUAAUAAGCUUUGGGUGGACCUUCUCUCUAAUAAAUGUUGCUGGUCUGGCAAUUCUUCACUCCAGCUCUCACCCUAGUGGUUCGCCUACCUGGUCUUCUAUUAUUCAUGCUAAAAAUGUCCUAAAGGACGGUUUCUCUUGGCGCGCGGGGUCAGGAUCAACCUCUUUCUGGUUCAGCCAUUGGAGCCCUCUUGGCUAUUUAGGUACCCUUGUUCCUUAUGUUGAUAUUCACGAUUUGCAACUCUCCGUCAAGGAUGUACUUACCUCUAAUAGCCCUCAUACCCAGAUUCUUUACACCAAUCUCCCUUCCUCGGUUUCUGAACUUCUCAACAAUAUGCACAUUAAAUUUAAUACAUCUAGUUACUUUCUCAUAAUGACCAGGUAACAUCUCUUAAUCCUUCCCAUUUUUGGUCUUGGAUUUGGAAGCUAAGCUGCCUGCUAAGAUCAUGUUUUUCUUUUGGUUGGCCUGUCACAACUCGGUUCCUACUCUCUCCUUACUCAACCAUCGUAAGAUGAGUACCUCCUCCAUUUGUGCUUGUUGUGGCCUCCAAGAAGAGACUUUCCUUCACUGUGUUCGGGACUGU